AUGGCUGCUAUAACUAUUCGCUCCAUGGUGGUGAACGCCUUCUUGAUCUAUCAGCUUGCGGUACACUUUGCAAGCGCAUCGCCAUUAUACGCUGCAAAGGGAGGGGUGCAUCGUCGGCUGUUUCCAGCUAUUGAAACUCCAUCGGCCGUCAUACUUACACCAAUCGCCGGCUCCCCCACCCUUCUUCCCAUUCCCACCCAAACCCCCACAUCAACGCCAUCAGAAACCACAUCCGCAACUCCAUCCGCAACACCAAGCCUCGCCUUCCAAAACUUCAUAACCCGCCGAGGCAACAAGCUCUACGAUGGUGAUCAGCAGUUCCGCUUCGUCAGUGCCAACACACCCGGCCUGCUCAUCAGCGAAGAUACGCCGGGCAUCCGUUGGGUCGUCCCCCCACCGUACGAGCAAGACGACUUGAUGAGAUCUGUCGCGGGGAUUGGUGGACUAGUUGCGAGGACAUACACUUUGGGCGUGCCGUACCAUAUUGUGGGACCUGGGGUAUACAACGAGACUGGAUUUGUGGGAAUGGAUAAUGCGAUCGCCGCGGCCGGGCGGAAUGGCGUGAGGUUGAUUGUGCCGCUGAUCAAUGAGAAUCUUUCCGCAGGAGAAGAGAACACGUUUCUCAUUGGAGCGUACAGAGAUCUGGCCGCGUUCCGGGGAUUGGAGGCCGAUGUCUUCUACACCAACGACACACUGAGAAGCGAUUUCAAAGACACCAUCACUUAUGUACUAAACCGUGUGAACACCGUCACUGGCAUUAGAUACGGAGACGACCCAACAAUCCUCGCCUGGCAGACAGGCAACGAACUCGGCUCAUGGGAAAAGCCACCCGCCCCCGCAGACUGGCUCCUCGACAUCUCCACCCACAUCAAAUCACUUUCCCAGUCACUCGUCAUGGACGGCACCAUUGGCGGCUCCUGGCGGUGGCAGGGCAUCGACGUCCCCACCAUCGACAUCUACGAUUCGCACCUAUAUGGAACGAAUGAUACCAAGUCACUGCGCGAGGAUGCGGCGUUUGCGAGUCUGCACGGAAAGGUGCAUGUGAUUGGGGAGUAUGGUUUGACGGAUCCGGUGGUGUAUGAUACGUAUAUGGAUGAGAAUAUUAACAACCCGAACAUCACGGGGAGCUUGAUCUGGAGUUUGAGGGGACAUGCGAACGGCGGCGGUCUCAACGUCCACUCAGAAGGCAAAAACGGCACAUCGAACGAAUACGAGAUUGUGUCCUACCACGUUCCAGGCCUGCCCCCAAACAUCCCCGACAAGAUCGGGCCGGAGGAAACCACGGUCAUUGCUGAUCUGCGCAGGCACGCUCUGGCCAUUCAAAAUUUGCCCUCCACCACCCCGUACCCCGCACCCAUCGCGCCUGUCCUUUUGACUGUGACCAACGGGCAGUUGACGUGGCGAGGGAGCGCUUGGGCGGCUUCAUAUACGGUAUUCAGAGGGAACUCCACGUCGUUCAACGGAACGGAGACACCGCUUGCGAUGGGUGUGCUUGAUAACGUCUCGAUAGGCGAUGUCGUGACACGAGGAUAUCUCUGGGCGGAUGCAUCCUUCGUGGCGGGGAUGGAAGUGCAUUACGCCGUGCAAGCGGUUGGGGUGGGAGGAGACUUGAGCCCGCUGUCGAAUGUCAUUUGA